AUGAAAACUUUGCUGCUUACCUACUGUUCUCAGAGAAAAAAAACUGUCGCAGACGUCAUUAAAGCUCGGGUAAAAGACCUUAUGAUCCCAAGGUACAAGAUCGUCGUGGUGACGCAUAUCGGGCAGCUGAAUGAGCAGAGCAUGCGGAUCGGGAGCCGGUGCCUGUGGGAUCCUGCGAGUGACACGUUUUCAUCGUACGUGUUCAAGAACGCUUCGCUGUUUGCUCUUGCAAAUGUCUAUGCUGUCUACUUUGAAUAA